GCUUCAAUGCUUCUGGAGUUUUCGGUCCAGCAUCUUACACCGUGGAUAGCCAGCUGGCACAAAGUCUGUGGACAAGGGUGAAGAGCUUCAGCUCGAUGCCGCCGAACGAAAUGACCACUGUGGCUUUGGAGCCUUUUCCAGUGAUGCUGAUGCACCGGGCGCUCCCGGCGGAUGCCUGCACCUCGUUGAUCCGCAAAGCCGACGAGGAGGCGCUUUGGGAAUCUUCCACCGUGGUCAGUUCAACGACGUCGCAGCUGCCGCUUCAGCACGUGCGGACUUCGGCAACCGCCACCUUCAACCUUCCACACCAUGAGGAAGAUGAGACGUUGAAUGCGAUCCGAGGAUGGGCAGCUGAGACGCUGGGCUUGCCGGCCGAGUAUGUCGAGCCACUGCAGAUUGCGCGGUAUGGCCGAGGGCAGGAGUACAAGAAGCACGUGGACUGGCGUCCAGCGAACUUCAAUGGGCUUCACAUCUUCGGCCAGCGAGUGGCAACGAUCCUUGUCUACCUGAACACUCUUCCAGAGGGCGCAGGGGGCGAGACGGAGUUCCUGGCCCUGAAUGCCAAGGUCCGUCCUGUACAGGGCUCAGCGGCCAUUUGGACCAAUGUGAAUUCGCAGGGAGUUCCCACCAUGGAGACUAGCCAUUUGGCGAAUCCCGUGCUCCAGGACGGUGUCAUCAAGUAUGCCCUGAACAUCUGGGUCACGGACAAGCCAUAUCCGAAUCGGACAUGGAUAUGCUGGCGGUAG